AUGCGUAUCAAAAACAUUGCUUGUUUGUUGCUCCUGCAACUGGUCGGGGGAGUCCUGGCCGCCGGCACAGUGGAGUACAACAAUCAUGCCGAUGGCUCUUACAGCUGGUCGAGCGUGAAACCAGGUGUAUUCAAGCCUGAAGACAGCGCCUUUGAUGCGGACGUCAACAAGGAAUACCAACACAUGAAGGCUGAUGCCAAAGUUAAGGGCCUGACUGACGCGCAGACACCCAGUGCCAUGUCAGGGGCCUGGUAUCCACACGAACAGGACAAGAAUGCCGUUGGAAGACAGAAAGGUGACCUUGUUUACCACUCCAGCAUCAAGGGUACACCCGGUCACACCACCAGCCAAGCAACGGAAAGCUAUAUGGAUACUUGUGGAAAGGGCCCUCAUAAAAACAAGGGCAACUGUGCCGAGAUUGGUAACAUUGCCCUCGCCAAGAACCCAGCCAGCGGAGUCAAAGGCAAUACGAAUCCGGAAAAGGCCACAUGGGCGAUUGCAGGCACAGACCCAAAGACUGGCAAUCCCAUCAAGAAGCCUUGCAAAAAGGACCCAGUGACUGGAGAGUCGGGCUGUUCCUCCCAUAUCGGCGGUGCAAACUGUGUAACCAAGAGAGAUGGAUCGCAAGUCUGUCUGCUCCCACAGAAAUCCAGCAAGGACCAGAAGAAAUCCACUCCCGACACUAAGGCAAAGGCUGCCAACAGCAAGAAGACUCCUACCAAGGUUGACAAAAAGGUUGGCGCCAAGAAGACCCCUGCUGCGGGUAAGAAGGCUGGCGCAGCCAACAAAAAGGUAGCCGCUCAGAAGGGUGCCAACAAGAAGAACACCGCUGCCAAGAAGAGUGCCGUUGCUAAGAAGGGUGCUGCUGGCAAGAAGAGUGCCGUUGCUAAGAAGGGUGCUGCUAGCAAGAAGGGUGCUAUCGCCAAGAAGGGAGCCAGCAAGAAGGGUGCUGCCGCUAAGAAGGGUGCCAGCAAGAAGAACACUGCUGCCAAGAAGAGUGCCGUUGCUAAGAAGGGUGCUGCUGGCAAGAAGGGUGCUAUCGCCAAGAAGGGCGCUACUAAGAAGGGUGCUGCCGCUAAGAAGGGUGCCAGCAAGAAGAACACUGCUGCCAAGAAGGGUGCCAGCAAGAAGAACACUGCUGCCAAGAAGAGUGCCGUUGCUAAGAAGGGUGCUGCUAGCAAGAAGGGUGCUAUCGCCAAGAAGGGAGCAUCCAAGAAGGGAGCCAGCAAGAAGGGUGCCUCUAAGAAGGGUGCUACUCCUAAGAAGGCUGCGGCUGGUAAGAAGGCUGUUGCUGGUAAGAAGGGUGCUGCUGGCAAGAAGGGAGCCUCCAAGAAGGCUCCUGCUCCUAAGCAGGCUGGUGCUAGUAAGAAGGGUGCCACCAAGAAGCCUACUACUAAGAGUGCUACCCAGAAGAAGACCCCUACUCUCUCAAAGAAGGUAAACACUAAGAAGGCCGCUACUCCUGCUAAGAAGGCUACUCCUUCUAAGAAGGCUACUCCUGCUAAGAAGGCUACUCCUGCUAAGAAGGCCGCUCCUGCUAAGAAGGCCGCUCCUGCUAAGAAGGCCGCUCCUGCUAAGAAGGCCGCUCCUGCUAAGAAGGCUGCUCCUGCUAAGAAGGCCGCUCCUGCUAAGAAGGCUGCUCCUGCUAAGAAGGGAAAAUAG